AACCAGUAAGCUUCACUUUGUUUCCUUUUCAAUUUAACAGCUGCUAACCAUUUCCAAAUUGCACUGGAAAUGCACCUGCACCACCAUAACCACCUCUUUUUGUUCCAAACUCAAUUGUGACAUUGAUUAGACCCUUCACAGUUAAAAGAGAAAACUCUCUCCCCCAUAGUUUCCUCACUCACCCUGCAUAAUCAGGUUCACUUAAGAAAAAGGUGAACCUCAAAGACACGAAAACAGAGAAGCGGAUCAGUUUAAAAAUGGCCACAACCUGCCAUGCUCGGGAAGACGACUUGUUUUCGACGAAUUUGCAGAAACGCUAUAAUGGUCUUGUAAUGGUCAGGAAGAAGGCCGUCACAGGCAAAGGAGCUUGGUACUGGUAUCAUCUAGAGCCCAUUCUCUUCCAGAAUGAAGACACUGGUGCUGCUAAAGCCAUCAAACUCCGGUGUGGCCUUUGCAGUGCCCUUUUCUCUGCUUCUAAUCCUUCCAGAACUGCAACUGAGCACUUCAGGCGGGGCAGCUGCCCCAACUUCCACAACCCAGAAGCAGCACACAGUAAUGACAUGAGGUAUGAACCCAGACCAUACGAUCAGCUUGCCUUGCCUGCACCAGUGGCUCCGCUUGCCAUGAUCACCGCCCCACACUUCUCAGAGCCACCCAACACUAACCAACCUCGUAGAGCACAAUUAAACCAACCCCAAACAGAAACAGCUCUCAAUUUGCUAUCCGAGUGGUUUUAUGAGUCCUGUGGAUACAUAUCUUUCUCUACCCUUGACCACCCAAAGUUUAAAGCCUUCCUCAAUCACCUUGGCAUUCCCAAUGCCAGCAGAAGUGAUAUCUUCGGUGCAAAACUUGAUGCCAAGUAUGAGAGAGUGAAGUUCAGAUCUGAAAGUAAACUCCAAGAAGCUAUGUUUUUCCAGAUAUCAACUGAUGGCUGGAGGAAGGAAAAGCAUAGGAGCAGUUCUGCUCACUUGAAUGCGUUGGCAAAUAUUACCUUGAACCUUCCCAAUGGUAGCAGUCUUUUCCACAAGGUUUUAUUCCUGGAAACCAGCAAUCCAAGUUCAGAUUACAUCAGAGACAUACUGUGGUCAACAAUCGUUGAGAUUUCAGGAAGCAAUGUAUUCCGAUGUGCUGGAAUUGUUGCCGAUGUUGGCAAUGUGAACUCUGCAGUCCUUCGGCAACUGGAGCUACAGAACCACUGGAUGGUGAACAUUACAUGCCAGUUCAAGGCAGUCCACAAGCUUCUUCAAGAUUUUUUAAGUGACCUACCACUCUUUGGCUCCACAGCCUCUAUUUGUUUCAAAAUCGCCCAAAAAUUAAAAUACCACUACUUUGAUGGCACCAGCAGCUCUCUAAGCCACCAGCCAUAUGGCUCCCUUGAUUACUCCACUGCCAUGAUUUUAGCUGUUGACAAUGUUGCCCAACUGUUUUCCCAAUCGGGGCAUGGCCUCAAAGAAAGAGUCAUCUCCCUUGAUCCAUCUGACAGGGAGCUGUCUGACACAAUCGAAGAUUCAAAAUUCUGCGAAAAUCUAAAAUCUGUUGCUUCUCUGAUAAACUUUAUAAAAACAUCACUGCAGGAGAUCAAAGAAGACCAACCAUGCUUGGGCCAGUGUCUUCCCCUGUGGAAAGAAUUGAAGGUUAGAAUUGUUUGCUGGUGCAGUAAUUUCAACAUUGAUGAAAAACCAGUAAUGGAGCUGGUGAACAGAAGAUUUGAGAAAAACUACCAUGAAGCUUGGGCAGCAAGUUAUGUUCUGGACCCACUGUAUUUGGUUGAAGACAACUGCGGAAGGUACCUUCCACCCUUCAAAUUUCUUACUUCUGAGCAAGAAAAAGAUGUUGUGAAAAUAAUAAAAAGGCUGACCCAAAAUGAAGAGGCACAUAUUGCCUUAAUGGAGUUGAUGAAAUGGAGAACUGAAGGACUGGACUCUGCUUAUGCGCAAGCAGUCCAAGCAAAAGAGAGAGAUCCAAUCACUGGAAAGAUGAGACUAGUAAACCCACGUGGCAAUAGACUGAUUUGGGAGACUUAUCUCAGUGAGUUUAGGGUGUUAAGGCAAGUGGCAGCAAGGUUAAUUUUUCUCCGAGCAACCACUAGGAAACUCAACUGCAACCAUUUAUUUUUGAGUUGGGUUCAUUCCAAAAACCACUCAAAAGAAACAAUCGAAAGAGCUCAAAAGGUACUGUUUGUGUCUUCACAUCAGAGGCUAGAGAAAGAGGCCUUCUCAGAUGAUGAAGGAAAGGACGCAGAAUUGUUUUGUUCCAAGGACGGCAAGAGUUGUAACCAAUUUUGAAGAACACUCACCUGCAGGAUAGAGAGACCCUGAGAGACCGGUGGGUCGUGGCCGCCGUUGAGCUUACUGAGAUACCCCACUAGGAGGGUAAGCCUUGUACUAGGAUCAGUAGAUUUUUAUGGUAUGAUCCUAGGGUUAUUUUGAUAUUUUUGAGGUUGUAUAUAACUACAGUAUUUUGAUGACGUAGUAAACUCUAGUAUUAUGUAAUUAAUGGUUGAUGGAUGUAAUUUUAUAUUUACUGCUGCUUAGAUUUUC